CACAAACACUCAGUCGAAACUCUUUUUUUUGCGACUUCUCUAAUGCUCAAAGAUUAGCUCCCACGAUAGGCGCAAAACAGCUUAUAUUUGAGACGCGGCAGGAAGACGCCAGUACUCGAAUGCACAAGUGGAAGACAUCUUGGGCAGAACUCAGUUUUGUCAUCAGAUUCAAUUUGGAGGGGACAAAACACCAGAAUUCCGCAAGGAAAAACAUCACGACCUAAACAAACCCCGUUACCAUCCAACACAGCUUACGAGCAAGCGUAAACACACCGUCACGAAACAGCCAGAUUUCAACCAAGUCAUCACAAAGCUGAUAGGCAAACUCAUCUAAACCUCACCACUCCCAUCACCACCAGCAACCGCAAUCGCAACCAAAUCAACAACCACUCUCACCAUCACAACCAAAACUCAUCGUCGCCUUGGUAUCAUCACCAACACAACCACACCACCAGAUUCUACCCACCAAAAUGGAAACAGCCCGCACCCUCCACCGCCAACUCACCACCGACUCCCGCACCACCUCCCUCCCCAUCCCCUCCCUCUCCUGGCUCACCACCCUCAUCCCCUCCACCACCUCUCGCAACAUCCCACCCCUUCCCUCCCUCCUAGCCACCGCCCGCCUCCGCCUCCUUUCCUCCGACCUAUCCACGCCCGGUCUCCUCGACCCCAGCUACAUCUCCUCACACAGCUUCCCCGCCUCUUUAACAUCCGGUCAGUACCCAACUACGGGCUACCCAAAAGACCAAUCCCUCCCACAAGACGUCCUAGUCCAAGUCCUCGACAUCGUCAACCUGUCCCGCUCCAAAUGGGAAGUCGUCGAAGAGCUUGAGUCCAUCGAGCGCGGGGAACAGACGCGCGGGAGGGAAGUUAUUCGGUUACCUAGUACCUCCAAUUCCUCCGAUCCUAAUAAUGAUCCGAACGACGACGGGGUCGAUAUGGGUGACGGCGGGACCCAAACCCAAUCCACUACCACCACAACCACAACAACAGCCCAGCAACAACAAGCAGCGGCCCAAGCAAAAGAACGCAAAAAUGCAACACACAAAUUAACCCUCCAAGAUCCCUCAGGCCAAAGACUUUUUGCUCUGGAACUCAAAAGAAUAGAAGAAAUCGCCGUGCCGCAGUUCGUCAAUGGAAAAAUGGUUGGGGGGACGCCGAUAGGGUGCAAGUUGUUGUUGAAAAAGGGGACAAAAGUAGCGAGGGGGGUGGUGUUGUUGGAGCCGGGGAUGGUGAAAGUGUUGGGGGGUAGGGUGGAGGGGUGGGGGAGGGUUUGGGAACGGGGACGGUUGGAGAGGGUGAGGGGGGAGGUGAAUGGUCAGAGGUAG